AUGGGGGAUAAGAAGGUAAUUGAAGUAAAAUUGCAAACUUUGCGUCGUGAUUUUGAAACUUUGAGCAUGAAAAAUAAUGAAUCGGUGCAAGAUUAUAUGUCUAGAGUCUCUUCCAUUGUUAAUCUCAUGAAAUCUUAUGGGGAGAUUGUUAGUGAUAAAAUUAUUGUAGCAAAGGCGUUGAAGUCUUUAACCAAUAAAUCUGAGCAUGUGGUUGCUGCAAUUGAAGAAUCCAAGGAUUUAUCUAAUUAUUCAUUUGAUGAAUUAAUGACUGAGGUAGAGGAAGAGGUGGAUAUCAUGGUCGAGGUUGAGGCCGCGGCAGAGGCAAAGGUCAAUUUAAUGAGACAGGUUAGCAAAAGAGUGACAUGCAAUGCUGAUAUUGCAAGAAGUACAGUCAUACUGAAGCUUAUUGCUGGACUAAGCAAAAAAAAUGAGCAGAAGCAUGCCAAUUUCUCAGAGAAAGUAGAGGAAGAAAGUAAGUUGUUCAUGGCUCAUUCUCCAAUUACUAACUCUUCUGAUGGUGUUUGGUUCAUUGAUAGUGGAUGCUCGAACCAUAUGUCUGGCACAAGGUCUUUGCUUAGAGACCUCGAUGUGUCACAGAAGAGUGAAGUUCGACUUGGUGAGGGCAAGUAA